GUUUGUCUAUAAAAGCAUCGGUCGUUGUAUUCUCUAUUAUCAAAUUCACUUAAACUGUUUCAAGAAGAGCAUCAGUCGCCAACUGAGAGCGUCGGAUCCAAGCAUAAAAGUUCUAAACACGCUAAAUCUGUCAACAUGAAUUUCAACAAAUUCUUAAUCCUUGUCGUGGCCGUCUUCGCUAUCUUCGCUGGACAAAGCGAAGCGGGUUGGCUGAAGAAGAUUGGCAAAAAAGUUGAACGCGUGGGACAACACACAAGAGAUGCCACAGUCCAAACCCUCGCUGUUGCCCAGCAGGCCGCUAAUGUUGCAGCCACCGCCAGAGGUUAAAUGAUUCAAGCGCUCCAUUCGAUUGCCUCAGUCUUUACCACGAUUUACUUAAAUAAUUUAUAUAUUUAAUACUUUAUUUAUUUUACUGUUAAAUUAUUACAAUAAAUAAUACAAUUUGAACUCAGUAAA